AUGGCACCGAAGGCAGAGAAGAAGCCAGCGGAGAAGAAGCCCGCGGCGGAGAAGGCACCGGCGGCGGAGAAAGCUCCGGCGGAGAAGGCCCCAAAGGCCGGUAAAAAGCUACCGAAAGAGUCGUCGUCGUCGGCGGCGGAUAAGAAGAAGAAGAGAUCGAAGAAGUCGGUGGAGACCUACAAGAUCUACAUCUUCAAGGUCCUGAAACAGGUCCACCCAGACAUCGGAAUUUCAAGCAAGGCCAUGGGGAUCAUGAACAGUUUCAUCAACGACAUCUUCGAGAAGCUCGCUCAGGAGUCUUCGAGGCUCGCUAGGUACAACAAGAAGCCUACGAUUACGUCUCGGGAGAUUCAGACUGCUGUGAGGCUUGUGCUUCCUGGUGAAUUGGCUAAGCAUGCUGUUUCUGAAGGGACUAAGGCCGUUACCAAGUUCACCAGUUCUUGA